AUGGCUGAUACAACUGAACGGGCUAACGAUGAYUCCUUCAAAACGGGGAAGAAUAAAUGUCAGUAUGUUCAGCAGUUCUGCUGCGAGACCAGCCUUCACGGUGUUCGGUUUCUCUUCGACCGAAAAGGAGUGGUAAGACUUUUAUGGUUUCUUGCCUUGGGAACGGCGUUUGCUUUCUGUGGCUAUCAAAUCUACUGGACCUUUCACGAUUUUUUUCAAAGACCGUUUUCAACAACUAUAAUUACAAAAAGACCGAGAGAGAUUAGUUUUCCUGCAGUAACAAUCUGUAAUCUUAAUCAUGUCAGCAAGAAGGAAUAUGCCAAGGCAACUCGAGCAUAUGAAGUGAACAAAACCGACGAGCAACUCGAGAGAGAUAUUCAGCUAACAAUGGCGUCAAUGCAGAGGAGAGGUAAUCAAAGUGAUUUAAGCUCAAACGACGAGUUGUCGAUGUUCAAGCUUUUAAACGCUUCUGAGAACUAUCAUCGACGAGGGAAUCGACUUCUAAACACUUUGAAACAAUACUCGCACAAAAUAGAAGGCAUGCUGUCGUUCGAUUGGAUUGAGCCCUGUGUAUGGCGAGGAGUUAAAUGCUCACCUGCAAAUUUCAGUUCCUUUGUCACUUUAAGGAUGGGCCAGUGCUUUACCUUCAACUCUGGGGAAAAAGGUCAUGAACGUCUAAAGUCUUAUAUCCCUGGGCCAACGAAUGGUUUAMGACUUCGCCUGAACGUCGAGGAAGAAGAUCAUGUCAGUGACUCUACUUCCAACAUCGCUGGAUUUAAAGUUUCCAUACAACAUCAAGAUGAAUAUCCAGGUGUGGAUGAGUUUGGUUUUGCAUUGCAGCCUGGAACCCACACGUUUGCUGCUAUUCGAGCAUUUAAGAUGAAAAGGUUAGAAGACCCAUACGAAGCAAAAUGCAGCUCACCUAAGGAUGAAAUCUCCAAGGCCUACAACAAAACAUAUUCCGUUAAUUCUUGUAGUCUGCUAUGUUUCAUGAGGUACAUUGCACAAGCAUGUGGCUGUCAACUGAUGAUGGAGAUAAUACCUGGAAAAGAAGUCUGCUCUCUUAAGGAAUCUUUCGAGUGUGGCUAUCCAAAGGUCUUUGAGCGUCGUCCCCAGUCGGUCCGGGACUGUGUGGCAAAGUGUCCUGAACCAUGCGAACAAAUGGUGUACGAGACUAAGCUAUCCUAUGCUAGUGCAUCAAGCAAGGCCUUUAUAAAAAGAAUUAAGUCACCAACGCUCCAAAACAUGACAAUGGAGGAGAAAGUWGAAUAUAUCAGAAACAACAUGGUUUCGUUGGAYGUGUAUUUCGAGGAAAUCAAGUACGAUCUCGUGAAUCAAACGGAAUCAAUAUCAACGACAUCACUUUUCGGAACCGUUGGUGGAUACCUUGGCCUCUUUCUUGGAAUGAGUCUCCUUACAGUCCUUGAAUUUUUGGAUUUUCUGUUUCUUUGCUUUUACAAAAUGAUCUGCCGGAGCAGCAAAACCGCAGCAACGCAGAACUAAAAUUUUGGAAGAGAUCGAAGUGAUAAAAAAAAACAUUUUUUAUCGAUAUUUAUACCAUUUAUACCAUUUUUUAUAACAAUUUAUAUAACUUACUCUGUUUAUUUUGUUUAUUUAUAUUCGUCUUUUUUGUUUUCUUAGCUUUAUUGUUUUGCUUUUGUGUAAUACCUCGCCAAAUCUAUUGGCGUGAUUUCACUAGAAUCAUUGCCUUUAUUGUGUAUUGUUACAUAAACCAUCAAUAUAUUUGCCCUGGUAUUGUUAAACCUUACAGAAGGCAGUUUACCGCAAAGUGAGGUAGUAAAUAAAGCAGGU